UUUUGCUCUCAGAUGCAUAGAUACCGAGAAAAACACGAAAAUAUGAAAAUUUGAUUAAUUUCGUCAUUUUAGUAGUUCUUAAAGGUAACACUCAGGAAACGGAGCAUGUUAUAAAAAGACAUUUAGAACUAAAGUUGUAGAUAAUUUUAUUCUUAGCAAAAUUACUCUCUUUCACUUUUGCUCUCAGAUGCGUCAAUAUUGAGAAAAAUACGAAGAUAUGUAAAUCGGAUGAACUUGUUGCUUUUUCAAGUUGUUAAUGGUAACACUCGGGAAAGGGAGCAUGCUAUAAAAGAACUUUUAAAACAAAAGUUGUAGAAAAUUUUAUUCUUUAUAAUAUUGUUUCUUUCACUUUUGUUCGUAGCUUUCAUAGUCCCUGAUUUGUUACCGUCUUUAUAGCAGAUUCAUUAUGUAUCUGUUUUUUACACUUUAACUUAAUCUUUUAAAACUUCUUUAAAAAAAUUGAUUAAAACAAUAGUCAAUUUUUAUUCUUUACCCCUAAAAUAGUUUUAAUAAUAAUCCCAUUAUACACAAUGACAUCAUAAAUCGUAAUAAAAAGCAUUAAAUUUCUAAAUAGAUAAUCAAUCUAGAUAAAAAAUCUAUCAAUAAAAUUUGUGUUGAUAAAAGUAAGAAAAACAACACAAAAAUAAGUAAAAACGAUAAGGAGUGAAUCGAUUUUGUGUUGAAACACAGGUACCUUCACAUAGAUAAGAUAAUACUAUGCGUUACACUCACACUGUUAGGUUAAUUCGUAGAGAAAGCAUCGUUCUAAUUAAAAAACUAUAUUAAAAUGGUUAAAACAAAGCGUGAAUUAGUGUUUGCAACGUUCGUAACCUCCGGUUUGGCUGUAAUAGCAACGUUGGUCUCGUUGGGUACUCAAAAUUGGGUCUCCUCCGAAGUUAAAAUUACUGAAAAAUUUAGCCAAGUUAAUUAUGGUUUAUUCACGGGGCUUUAUAGAAGAACAGUCGGUUCUGAGAGACCGAUGAUUUAUGAUAUAUCAAUGACUUGUUCGAUGUCGGAUAAUAAAUGUGCAAUGUUAUGUGAAGCAACGUCGGAGGCAAGAUCUGCGAAGUUAACGGCUUUAAUUGAAAACAAUAAUUCAUCAUUUGGUUGUAUGGAAAGGCGACAAAUAUUUUUUAAUCCACAAUUAACAUCAACAAGAGAUGAUUCAUCCCAAAGUACUUUUAUAAACGCCGGUUUAUGGUUAUCAACAAUAAUAUUUUUAGUACUAUCUUCCGUUGCGGGAUUAGGUGCAACGGUGUUGGCAAUGUUUAACACUGUGUACAACCCAAUUGAAAUUUAUGUUAAUAUAACCGGCUUAUUCAUAUGGAACUGUGUCGCAAUCUUUUUUAGUUUAUUAACGAUGAUAAUGUGGGGAGUUUUAUACGCGUCCGUUUUAAUUGAUAAUAUAAGCGUUUAUGAUACAAUUGUUGCAGAUGGAUAUACCGUAAACGCAAUAUUAAAUUAUUCUUAUUGGUUAAACUUAGUUGCUUUCGUUUUAUAUGUAAGCAGCGUAAUUUUAAUCGCCGUUAGGCAAUACUUAAUUAAUAAAGAACCGCUCGUGAUGCACGCUGAUAUUCAACAGGAAACCGACCCAGGACUAUUAAUUUAUUAAAAUGAAACGAUAUUGGGUAUUUCUAUUUAUUAAAAUAUGUUAAAACGAAAUUUUUUUUUGUUUAGUGGGGCGUUUUAUGGAAUUAAUCGAUAUAUCUGUCAGUAAUGUCGCUGUCGUUUACCGUUUUUGCUGCUAAUGCAUCCGGAUUAUUAAAGAUUACAAAAUGAUAGGGUUGUUCCACCCCUGUUUUUCACUCCCCCUCGUUACUGCCGAUCAUUAUCGCGAUGUACACCCGUUUCAAUAAACUAAUGUUCUCAACCCUAACCUUAAUAUUUCAUCUUUUUUUCCCCACGAAAAAAUUGAAAUGUACAUAAUUAUAGUGUAUAUACAGAAAAUAUUCGUUUAAUAAUCAUUUAUUUAAUUAU